AAACAUUAAAAAAGAGAAAAAAGGAGGGAUCGAGUCGUCUGUCUCGCGGGAGCAGGCGACCUGUCUUCUUCAUCCCCAAACAACAAAUAACAAGAUCAAUUCACUACUCUUCGAUCCAAACUUUCAGUUUUUCAUCCUUGUUUCUCAACCAUGGAGGUGCCUAGUUCAUGGGAUGCCCUUCGCAAACAGGCCAGAAAUCUUGAAGCUCAGUUGGACGAGCGGAUGAGUUCUUUUCGUAAAUUGGUUUCUGCUAGUGUUUCUGCAAAAACUGAUGCUGCAGAGAAUGAUCUAGAGUCUUGGAUUGAACAAUUACUAAAACAACUCCAACAAGUAAACUCACAGAUGCAAGCUUGGGUAUCUUCUGGUGGUACAGAUAUGGUUUCUCAUACUUUGACUAGACACCAAGAAAUUCUUCAAGAUAUCACCCAGGAGUUUUAUCGUCUUCGCUCAAGUCUUCGAGCUAAGCAAGAGCAUGCUUCACUAUUAGAGGAUUUUAAAGAAUUUGAUCGAACAAGAUUAGACUUGGAAACAGGUGCAGGAUCUGAACAGCAUGCACUCCUUAAAGAACGUGCAUCUAUCAGCCGGAAUACAGGACAUGUGGACACUGUUAUUUCACAAGCACAAGCAACACUCGGUGCGCUUGUCUUCCAGCGUUCAACAUUUGGUGGCAUCAAUUCAAAGAUCAGCAAUGUGAGCGGUCGCCUCCCAACGGUAAAUAGCAUACUCGGGGCAAUAAAGCGAAAAAAGUCAAUGGAUACCAUUAUACUCUCUCUUGUUGCAUCUGUAUGCAUAUUUCUCAUUUUCAUCUACUGGCUAACCAAAUGAGGCUGUUUAAUAUGGUGGGUGCUCAACUUGUGUAAACCGUUCCAUGUUCCAUGUCUAUUGGGCUUAGUAGCUUGUGUCAUGAAAAAACUACUUUUUUGGGGUAGUGUAUUUGUUCAUUUGAUUGUUUAUCCUUGUAUCAGAAGCAAUGCCGAGUAAAAAUCAAGAAAUUCAUCCUUCCA